AAAGAAAAAUGUUUAAUACAAAAAUCACAUUCCUCAUUUCAUGUUUGAUGGCUAUCACAUUGUAGGCUAGAUUAGAUAUUAAUUCACCAGAGUGUAAUUACUAUUUAGAAAAGUUUGGUACAGCCAACAAUGCUGAUGGUACAGGAGCAUCUUAAAUUGCUUUUUCUGGUGAUAUUGGUUUUAUUGAUGGAACUGCAAAUGUCUUAGUUAAUCUAAGAUAUUCAGAUGUGAAGUUUUAUAAUGAUGCUAAAUAUUUUGGUCUUGUUUAAGAAGAUGGAAAAACACCUGAAGAUACUUGCUUAGAUUUAAAACUUUAUAGAUUUUCAUCAAAUACUUAUUCAGAUAAAUCUGAAGUAACUACACUUAAACUAACUCAUUCAAGUAGCUUUUAAAAAUAAUGGAGAUAUUAUUCAUUUACAAUUUUGGGAGAAGAUUUAAAAACAUAUUUAAUUGAGACUAAAAACUCUGAAUAAUAUAUUUACAAUGGAUACUUUGCUCUUGCAUAUUAUGCAGCAGAUACAGACCAACUUUAAUAUACUUUUUAUUUUGAAUUUUAAGUAAUAGUGAAUAGGAAUAAUGGAGCUGCAAUAGAUACUGCUUUUAAACCCUUAAGUGCUAAAUCAACAGUUGGUUGUUCACUUGAAGCUAGUUGUACAGCAAAACCUGAUACACAAUUAGUAUGGUGUAAGGAUGCUGCUUGCACUGAAUAAACUACUCCAAAUCUUCACUUAAAUGAUUAAUUUUUUUUAAAACAAGCAAUUACAACUAAAGGAAUGGAAGGAUAUUUCUUGACAGGAGUUGAAGUAUGGUAUACUGGAGAAGGACUUAAUAAAAAAGCAACUCUUAACAAUCCUGAUAAUUCUGUUUAAGGAUAAGUUAUUUUACCAUUAAAAGCUGAAAUAGCUUGGUCAAAGGUUGUAAUCAAAGUUACAUCUGUAUUAUCAAAUACAAAAACAGGAAAUACAAGAAGGGUAUUAGCAUAAACUACCUAUGAUACUGUGAGUGGAAAAAGUCAAGAAAUUCAUUGCAUCAAAGUAGAAAAAGAAAAUAGAUGUGCAACUUGUGCUGAACAAAAAGCUAUUAAUGGAUAUUCAAGUGAGACAUGCAAUAAUGUAGAACCAUUAAUAGAAGAUGAUUAAGACAUUACAAACAUGGAAGACUAUUCAAAACAAAUACUCAUAAGCAUAAUUUUGUUAUUGGCAAUCAUAAUUUGAAUUUUAUAAAUUUUUUUUAGAAAUUCAUUUUAAU